UUAAUGCAGUAACAGGGAGCAACGCUGCGAUGCCGAAGAGAAGAACAAGGCGGUUCACUGUGACCACUGGAGCGAGUCUUGCGCUCUGCUGGGUAACAGGUAACCUCCUCUUCCCAAGCCGCGCCACAGCAGCACGGUCAUUGCAGUUCCAUCAGCUCUUGCCAGGGUCAUGCGCCAGCAUGAUCAUCUCAGCGAGUUCGCUCGAAGAUUCGUCGAAGAAACCUGUCCUGGAAGAUUCAGAGUUUGUUCCGAGGAGAUCGGUGUGAACCAGAUGACCUUGGGUGCUGUCAGCUGGUAUCCCACUCUUGCUUCCGUAAGCUUCGGCGCAGACCGCAAGCGGAUCCGUGGAGAACUAGCAGCGAGGAGCAGCACGAGCUCCACCUACGGCAAGGGAGAAUCUGUACCCUUCUUCAGAGAGGAACUAGCAGCGGGGAUCAGCAACUACAUCUACACCUACGACAAGGGAGAGGCAGCACGAGCAAACCUUCCAAGAAGCUCGGUGCAGGUCCGGCUCUCCACCGUCCACCCUUUCCUGCGGCCGCAGCGGCAGGGUGAACGGCUCUACUCCCUGGCGCCUCAGGUGGGGCGACCCCCGCGGCUAGCGGAGCAGCGGCAUGGCGGGUGGGAGCUGAGGACAACGGCGGAGCGGCGAGGGAGCUGCUGGAUGUGGGAACGGCCUGCGGGAGAGGUCGCCACUGCUCCUUGAGGCCCCGCCUCCUCUGCUCCUAGAGGCCCCGCCUCCUCUACUCCUGAGAGGCCGCGGACGGCCGGCGGGGGUGCGGGCUCACCGUCGACGUAGAGCGCGCGAGCCCAGCUCCGGCACGGGACGGGGACGGAGCUCCGGCGUGGGACGGGACGAGACGGGAUGUCUGAUCAGGAAUUUUGAAAUGAGGACCACGUUUGAGAAGAACGAAAUUCA